AUGACUUCAAUGGCGGCCGAGUCCGUGGCCACCAUCCUCGUCUCGUGCAAGCAGACACGCUUUCACAUCGAAAGUCCAAACUACAGAGAGCUGGAUAUCGAGGGGCUCAACAUCACUGUGGCCUCGGCAGCCCCCAAGGCCUCUGGCGCAAAAGGCAAGUCCAAAGCUACAAAGUCUGAGGGCACCGAGGUUCUGUCCAAUGCCAAGCUCAGGCUCAAGGCUGGCCAGAGGUACUCCCUGGUCGGCAAGAACGGCUCCGGAAAGUCGACACUGCUGAGGGCUAUCGGCGACAAGUUGAUCCCCGGCAUACCGGAGCAAACCCGCAUCGCAAUGCUGCAGCAGACCGACGCCGAGCUUGUCGACGCCGACUUGUCACCAGGGAACAAUGCGGCCACUUCAGGCUCAGGGAACACCGUCAUCCAGGAGGUCAUAGACAAGGCGACGGCCAGGGACGAGCUUGAGCGCGAGAUUGCGAUCCUGGCCAACGGUGUCAACAGCUCCGAAGGGCUGGCAGGGGUGAGAGCGCUGAGAAAGGUCAAGCAUGAGAGGCUGCAGAAGCAGCUUUUCGUGAUUGAUAAGAACGCAAGGCUCCGCAGUGGUGCUCGGGGCAUGGCGGCCAGAAAGGAGCUCAUCGCCUUUGAGAAGGUGGUUGCGGAGUCAGCGGCGUUACAGGAGCAAAAGGAUGAGGAAAUCCCGAAUGAGGCAGUCGAGUCUGGGAUCCAAGAGGCCACAGACCUCCUCGCUGAGCUCCAGGUCCAGGUGGAGCCGUCGAGGAUCGCAGAUAUCGAGUCGCGGGCCCACAAGAUACUCACUGGUCUCGGCUUCUCGGACGCCUACAAGUCAAAGGCCGUGUCUGAGCUCUCUGGCGGUUGGAAGAUGCGGACCGCGCUGGCAAUAGCACUGCUGCAGGACACAGACAUCCUGAUCCUCGACGAGCCGACAAAUUUCCUGGAUCUCCUCGGCAUUAUCUGGCUGCAGCGAUACCUCGAGUCCCUCGAGGACCUCCCUGACCCCCCAACUCUCAUCCUGGUGUCCCACGACCGCGACUUCACGUCUGUGUGCACCGACCUCCUUAUCAUCAAGGACAAGGAUCUUGUAUAUUUCCACGGUGACUUCCAGACGUAUGAGGCCAGCAUGGCGGAGAAGAAACUGCACCUCACCAAGGUCAAGGAGGCCAAGGACAAACAGAAGGCCCACAUCUCAGCUACGAUCCAGCGGAACAUGCGGGAGGGGAAGAAGAAUGAUGACGAAAAUCGAAUCCGCCAGGCCAAGAUGAGACAGAAAAAGCUCGACGAGCGUUGGGGCGUGGAAACAAGUGCCAAGGGCGGCAGGUUCAAGCUCAACAGGGACCUCCAAGGAUACCACUUUAGCAACCGCGCAGAGGUCGACAUCCCGCCGGACGAGAGGCCGCCCCUCAUCCUCCUGCCCGAGCCGCCCGAGCUCCGUUUCCCGGGACCGCUGAUCUCACUGGAGGGCGUCACGUUCCGGUACGCCAGGGGAGGAGGGGCAGCAGGGAAGAAGACGACAGCCGCGUCAUCAAACCCGGCAGUGCUGCAGGAGAUCAACCUCACCGUGGGCAUGGGCGACAGGAUAGGGGUCCUGGGACUCAACGGGGCGGGAAAGUCGACCCUGAUCAAGCUGCUUGUCGCGGAGGAGAGGCCCACCAGGGGCACGCUCACGACGCACCCGCGGCUGAAGCUUGGGUAUUACAGCCAGCAGGCGGUCGAGGCGCUCCAGAAGCUGGGGCGCGCGGAGCAAGAACUCACCUCGCUCGCCCUUCUCACGAGGGAGGUCGAGGGGGACCUGGACGAGGGUGAGAUCCGUGGCAUGUUGGGCUCGCUGGGGCUCCCCGGGCGCUUGGCUUCUGACGUGCCGAUUUGCAAGCUGUCUGGUGGGCAGCUGGUGAGGUGUGAAUUGGCCAGGAUUCUGUGGAAGCGUCCGCACUGUCUGGUGCUGGAUGAGGUUACUACUCACCUCGACUAUGAGACGGUCACCGCUUUGCGUGAGGCGCUGAACCAUUGGGUGGGCGCUGUGGUGCUCGUAUCCCACGAUAGAUGGUUCAUGAGAGGCGCAGUUGAGGGUCUCAUCGACGACCCGAGCAGUGACACCGAUGGGGACGAUGAGCAAGAGGACUUGAGGCGGAGGGUUGUUUACAGGCUAAAGAGUGGCGCACUCACAAAGCUCGAAAAUGGGGUCCAGGAAUUCGAGGAUCUCAUGGAAAAGAGGGCAAGGAAGCUAAUGAACUCGUGA